CUGGAGUUUACGGCAUCAUGGAGACAGAAUCACCAACCCUCACAUCUAAAACGGCGGCCAUCAGCAAUGCGGCAGACAUUCUGGUCAUCUGUUUUUACUUCCUUGUGGUCAUUGGCACUGGCCUUUGGUCUAUGCACCGGAUCAAUCGAGGGACAGUUGGAGGAUAUUUCUUGGCUGGAAGGAAGAUGGUGUGGUGGCCGAUUGGUGCUUCUCUCUUUGCCAGCAACAUUGGCAGUGGGCAUUUUGUGGGAUUGGCAGGCACCGGAGCAGCGAAUGGCCUAGCAGUGGCAGGAUUUGAGUGGAAUGCUAUAUUUUUUGUUCUUCUGCUGGGAUGGUUCUUUGUUCCAGUUUACCUCUCUGCUGAGGUCAUCACAAUGCCCCAGUACCUGAAGAAACGUUUUGGAGGCCAAAGGAUCCGUCUCUACCUCUCCAUCCUCUCUCUUUUCAUGUACAUCUUCACCAAAAUAUCAGUGGACAUGUUUUCUGGUGCUGUGUUCAUCCAGCAAGCCUUGGGCUGGAAUAUUUAUCUAGCUGUCAUAGCGCUUCUGCUCAUAACCACCAUUUAUACCGUGACAGGAGGAUUAGCAGCCUUGAUGUACACUGACACAGUCCAGACUUUUGUUAUGAUUGGAGGUGCUUUCGUCCUGAUGGGGUUUGCCUUCAAUGAAAUCGGAGGUUAUCAAGGAUUAUUUGACAAAUAUAUGGGGGCUAUUCCCAAGCAGACACUUUCACCCAUCCCUGCCCUCUACAACAUCUCGUCUUCCUGCUACCUGCCCCGUGAAGACUCUUUUCACAUGAUCAGAGAUGCCACCACUAGCGAUCUGCCCUGGCCAGCUGUCAUCCUCGGUCUUUCCAUCAACUCUCUCUGGUAUUGGUGCAGUGACCAGGUCAUAGUACAGAGGUGCCUGGCUGGGAAGAACUUGACCCAUGUGAAAGCUGGCUGCAUCCUUUGUGGGUACCUCAAACUGCUCCCCAUGUUCCUCAUGGUAAUGCCUGGCAUGAUGAGCCGGAUCCUGUAUCCAGACGAAGUAGCUUGCGUCGUUCCAGAUGAAUGCAAGCAAAUAUGUGGCACAGAAGUUGGGUGUUCUAACAUUGCCUAUCCAAAACUGGUUGUGUCUCUCAUGCCAAACGGCCUUCGGGGGCUGAUGUUAGCAGUGAUGCUGGCAGCCCUCAUGAGCUCCCUGGCCUCCAUCUUCAACAGCAGCGGCACCCUCUUCACCAUGGACAUCUACAAACGCUUGAGGCCCCAAGCCAAGGAGAGGGAGCUGUUGAUUGUGGGCCGGGUGUGGAUCUUGCUGCUUGUGGGGAUCAGCAUUGCAUGGAUCCCUGUGGUACAGGUCGCCCAAGGUGGACAACUCUUUGACUACAUCCAGUCCAUCAGCAGCUAUCUGGCCCCACCCAUUGCUGCCAUUUUCCUCCUUGGAGUCUUUGUCAAAAGGCUUAAUGAGCAGGGUGCAUUCUGGGGCAUGAUGGGAGGACUAGCCAUAGGCAUGGCCCGAAUGAUCCCAGAAUUCGUCUAUGGGGCAGGGAGCUGUCUCUUCCCAAGCAACUGCCCUCGCCUGAUCUGUGGGGUCCACUACCUUUACUUCGCCAUUAUCCUAUUCUUGGCUACAGCUGCCAUUGCAGUGGGGGUCUCGCUCUGCACUUCACCAAUUCCUGAUAAACAUCUGCAUCGCCUGGUAUUCAGCCUCAGGCACAGCAAAGAAACACGGGUUGAUCUGGAUACAGAAGAGGAGGAGGAGGAAGCAAAACAGCAGCAACGGCAAGCAGAGAAUGCAGCCACAACAAAUGGAAGACCAGAGCUGGUCCUAGAAGUGGAUGAUCCCAAAACAAUGACCUCCUGUGGCCGACUACGUCAAAGCCUGGCCUGGUUUUGUGGGAUGAAUUCUGGCAGCCCAAAGGAGCCAGAACUGAACCCAGAAGAGAAGGACAAGGAUUUCCAGGAUCUGGCAGUCAUCAUAGAGCGCACACUCUGGAAGCAAGUAGUCAACAUUAAUGCUGUGAUCAUGAUGGCCCUAGCCAUCUUCAUGUGGGCCUUCUAUGCCUGAGGGUCCUCAAAAGCUCAGUAGAAUAUGUAGUUCACCAACCCCUCCAGCUACAUCCCAUCAACCCAUCAGGCCCAGAGAAGAGCAAAAAGAUGGCACCAGGAAGGACUCCCUAACAGUCAUCUGGGUCAUUUGCCAUCAUCCAAAUCACUGAAGAUCUAACUAUGUCAUCCAGGUCAACAUUCACCAAAUCUCAUAGCAACUAAAUCUUUGGGAGACCAUCUUAGAUCAUGAAAAAGACAAGCCACACAAAACUAUGGACAGCUGGAGUUAGGGAGAAACUCAUCCUUUUUAAGUGUCCAGAGAUGACUUGGAACAUUCAGUUUUCAGAGUCUUAGAAAAUAUUGUCAGGCAGGAAACACCAAAGUCACAUGCUAAGUUCUAAUUAAACCGAUUUAUUGGUUGUGCCUAGGCCUAGGAAUCUAGUCAACUAAUGGUUAGCACUAUUUUGGUGGUAGAUAACCGUUAAUGGGAUUCAAAAGGAGUUAGAGUCAGUCUGUUGGUGGCUAUAUAACGACUCUAGGCUAAUUCCUCUUUUGACUCCACCUGCCAGGCUCUGCCACUGUCUCCUACGAACAUUUUCUUACUUGUUGUAAUUUCACAACUGGUCACCUAAACCAGUGGCCCCCAACCUUAUGGGCACCAGGGACUGUUCCAUGGAGAGGUUUUCCGCAGAUUGGAGGGGUGUGGCUUCACGUGCUGCCUGCAUCCCAUGGAUGGGGCUUCACUUGUAUGCGCAGCCCGGUUUCUGGUAUGCCGUGGCCCAGUGCCAGUCCACCGACCAGGGGUUGGGGACUCCUGACCUAAACUACCUCUAAUUAUGAUUAUCUAUAAUUCUUCAGACUGCAUGUUUAUCAUGGUAUGUUUGCCUCAAUGUCCUUCACUAAUAUUUAUGCUCUCCAAUCUCAUGCACCUCUCAUGUUCUCCUCCUCCAUAAGGAGCUGCUGAAUUUAUUCCAGGAUUGCAAUAUAUAUAUAUAUAUAAGGCACCAGAUGCCCUUUUAUUCCUCACUAGCCAUGCGAAGGUGCACCCACUUAUUCUAUUCUUCCACAAUGCUUCGUAUUCCAUCCCAUGCCUUUCAAAUCUUUGGAAAAGAGAGACAAAAACAAUAAAAUAUAUUUGGAAGAUGGGAAAAAAACCAAACCAAUCAUAGCAUCUGUGUAUACAGGUAUAAAAAGAAAUGUGGUGGCUCAGUGGCUAAGACGCUGAGCUUGUCGAUCGAAAAGUUGGCAGUUCAGCAAUUUGAAUCCCUAGUGCCACAUAACAGGGUGAGCUCCUGUUAUUUGUCCCAGCUUCUGCCAACCUAGCAGUUCAAAAGCAUGUAAAAAAUGCAAGUAGAAAAAUAGGGACUACCUUUGGUGGGAAGGUAACAGCCUUCCGUGCGCCUUUGGUGUUUAGUCAUGCCGACCACAUGACCACGGAGAUGUCUUCGGACAGCACUGGCUCUUUGGCUUUGAAACGGAGAUGAGCACCGCCCCCUAGAGUCAGAAACGACUAGCACAUAUGUGCAAGGGAAACCUUUACCUUUACCUUAUACUAGACAGGACAAGACAAGUGAACAGAUGUAAAAGAAAGUUGACAUAUUUCUCUUUGAGAUAGAAAAUCAAAUUUGGGAGUUAAAAAUCUAUGUAAGAGAUAGAAUCCUCCAUACUGAACAAGGCACACCCUGAUAAUCUUUGUUUAGCGACUGCCUCAGACAAUGACCAUUCAGUUAUGAUAAUGAUGCAAAAAUAACUUUGCAACCGAACCUCACAUUUAUAACCUUUGCAGGUCUGCAAAGCAAGGAAAGGUGAAGGAAGACCAUAAACACAGUUGCAAUUCAUUUAACAGCCACUUCAAUUAAUGAUCAGAUUGUCUUUCCCAAUGGUAGUCACUAAAUGAGGAUUACCUGUACAAUUAAGUGCACAUCUGUUAAGUCUUGC